CAAACUGUUUAUUUUGGCCAAAUUCACGUGCGCCAAAAGUUUAUAAACAAACGGGAAUUGUUGCAGAGAGCGGUGUGUGUUAUUGGCCACUAAAAUGGCCGCGCCUGGCGAAGUGAAUGAGGUUGUUUAUGAUCAUCGUAUAUUGCGUGACUGGUCCAAUGUGAAUAAUACAAACGGCACAAUGCAUCUGUCCAAGGAUAUGAUAUUCAAUGACGGCCAUCGUCUGUCCAUCGCGGUCUACAGCAUACUCUUUGUGAUCUCAUCAAUUGGGAACUGCACAGUGCUCUAUCUGCUGACCAAGCGUCGACUGCGUGGCCCCUUGCGUAUCGACAUCAUGCUAAUGCAUUUGGCCAUUGCCGAUCUAAUGGUGACGUUUCUGCUGAUGCCGCUCGAGAUUGCGUGGGCCUGGACGGUGCAGUGGCGUUCCACGGACCUCAUGUGCCGUCUCAUGAGCUUCUUUCGCGUGUUCGGACUGUACUUGUCCAGCUUUGUCAUGGUCUGCAUAUCGCUCGACAGAUACUAUGCAAUCCUGAAGCCACUGAAACGAUCCUAUAAUCGUGGCCGCAUCAUGCUGGCCUGCGCUUGGCUGGGCUCCGUCAUCUGCAGCAUUCCGCAGGCCUUUCUCUUCCACGUCGAGGAGCAUCCGACCGUCAAAGGCUAUUUCCAGUGCGUCACCUUUCAUUCGUUCGCCGGUGAUUUUGACAACUCGCUCUAUCAGAUCGGCACAAUGUGUGCCAUGUACGCAUUUCCAUUGAUCGCAUUCAUUUACUGCUACGGUGCCAUCUACCUGGAGAUCUAUCGCAAGAAUCAGCGUGUGCUGAAGGAUGUCAUCGCGGAGCGCUUUCGCCGCUCCAACGACGACGUCUUGAGUCGCGCCAAGAAACGCACUCUCAAGAUGACCAUCACGAUUGUGAUUGUGUUCAUUAUCUGCUGGACUCCGUACUACUUCAUAUGCAUGUGGUAUUCCCUCGACAAGACGUCCGUGCACAAGGUCAAUUCGCUGGUGCGCAAAGCUCUCUUCAUAUUCGCCUCAACGAAUUCGUGCAUGAAUCCCUUGGUCUAUGGGCUGUACAAUAUACGUGGACGCAUGAACAACAACAACAAUGUGUCAGUCAACAAUCGUCACACUUCGCUCUCGAAUCGCCUGGACUCCUCCAAUCAAUUACUGCAGAAGCCCAUCAACACGCUGCCCAAUGGCAAUGGCAAUGUGGUGGCUGCUGCUGUGGCUGCCACCACAAAACUGGCGCAUGUGGUGCGCUUGAAGACAAAUGGUGCUGGUGGUGGUGGUGUUGGUGGUGGUGCCGAUGACGUGCAGUCUCCAACUGCAGCAGCGCCGCUCGCCGCCCCACUGGAUGCGAAUGGCGACGACGACGUCAGUGUCUCUGUUGUCACCGUCAAGUGCGGACACCCGGAGCAGACGCCCAAGCAGCCCAAGACACCCAUCAUCUGCCUCAGGUAAUGUUUGUGCGCCUCCGUGGCUGCCGUUUACCUUUUU